UUUCAACUGCUCAGUUCAGAGAAACAGAAACUGAAAGUAUUGUUGAGCUGUUGUGUGUUUGUGUCUCUGUAUUCAUGCAGUAAAAUGGCAGAAUUUUCUCAGGAUGAGUUCACGUGUCCAGUGUGUCUGGAUCUCCUGAAGGAUCCAGUGACCAUCCACUGCGGACACAGUUACUGUAAGAGCUGUAUUACAGGCUGCUGGGAUCAGGAGGAUGAGAAGAGAGUCUACAGCUGCCCUCAGUGCAGACAGACCUUCAGUCCAAGACCUGCUUUAGGUAAAAACACCAUUCUGGCUGAAGUGGUGGAGAAACUGAAGAAGACUGAACUUCCUGCUGACUGUUACGCUGGAGCUGGAGACGUGCAGUGUGACGUCUGUACUGGAAUAAAAUACAAAGCCGUCAAGUCCUGUCUGGUGUGUCAGGAGUCUUUCUGUCAAACUCAUUUUGACCGUCAUGAGGAAUAUCACUCUCGUAAACCACACAAAGUGAUCGAUGCCACUGGACGACUGCAGGACAUGAUCUGCCGUAAACAUGAUAAAGAGCUAGAAAUGUUCUGUAUCACUGAUCAACAAUGCAUCUGUGUGUGGUGUAAGGAGUAUGAACAUAAAAACCACAACACUGUAUCAACUGCAGCACACAGGACAGAGAAACAGAAACAGCUGAAGGAGACGCAGAUGAAGAUCCGUCAGAGAAUCCAGCAGAGACAGAAAGAUCUUCAGCAGCUGAGAGACGCUGUGGAGUCUCAUAAGCGCUCUGCACAGACAGCAGUGGAGGACAGUGAGAGGAUCUUUACUGAGCUCAUCCGCUCCAUUGAGAGAAGCCGCUCUGAGGUCACACAGCUGAUCAGAGAUCAGGAAAAGGCUGCAGUGAGUCGAGCUGAAGGACGACUGGAGCGACUGGAGCAGGAGAUCAAUGAUCUGAGGAGGAGAGACGCUGAGCUGGAGCAGCUUUCACACACACAUGAUCACAUCCAUUUCCUGCAGAGUUUCCAGUCUCUCUCAGCACCUCCUGAAUCUACAGACAAACCCAACGAUCCCUUCAGUUCUCUCUCCUCUUUUGAUGGCGUGAGAGAAUCUGUCCGUCAGCUGAGAGAAAAACUGGAGGAUUUCUGCAAAGCGGAGAUCAAGAAGAUCUCUGACAGAGUCACUUUCACCAACAUGAAUCCCAAGACCAGGAACGACUUCCUCCAGUAUUCCCAUCAGCUCUCUCUGGAUCUGAACACAGCACAUAAACUCCUCCGUCUGUCUGAGAGGAACAGAGUGAUUACUGUCACUGGCACAGUCCAGCCGUAUCCUGAUCAUCCAGACAGAUUUGAUCAGAGGUGUCAGGUGUUGUGUAGAGAGAGUGUGUGUGGACGCUGUUACUGGGAGAUUGAGUGGAGUGGGAGUGAUGGUGUGUGGAUAUCAGUGUCAUAUAAGAGCAUCAGCAGGAAGGGAUGGGGUAUUGAGUGUGUGUUUGGAGGUAAUGAUCAGUCCUGGAGUUUGUUCUGCUCUUCCUCCAGCUACUCAUUCAUACACAAUAAGAUAAAGACUGCUCUCCCUGUAAAGUCCAUCAGCUCUAGAAUAGGAGUGUAUGUGGAUCACAGUGCAGGAACUCUGUCCUUCUACAGCGUCUCUGACACAAUGAGCCUCAUCCACACAGUCCAGACCACAUUCACUCAGCCGCUCUAUGCUGGGUUUAGGGUUUGUUCUGGAUCAGUGAAACUGUGUUGAUGUUUCAGAAUAAACUGUAGAGAGAUUUUACCCAUAAUACUUUGAGCUGCAUGAUCAUCAGUAACAGUGAGAUAUUAUAGAGUCUCUUAUUUUCUCUUCAUGACAUUACAGUUUCUCAAUUGCUAACACACAAUUCAUGAAACAAUUCACCAUUUUCUCACAGCCAUAGACACAAUCUCGUAACUACACACCAACUUGUACAAACCUCAAACUUUCACGUCCAAAUAAAAUAUUUCAGUCAAAAACUUAUUCACUUCUGUCAAAAUCAAACUUUGGUCUCAGAUGACACACAAAACCUCCAAAUACACAGACUACUUUCCUGCCCAGUGAACACUAGUGAGAUCAAUUCAUAACACUGUAACAAAAACCUCUUAUUGGUAUUCAAGAAAAAGGCUCAGUGUCUAUUACAGUAUACAACAUAAAUGAAAGAGUGCAGAUAGAGUAAAAUGCAACAAUGAGCUUUAGGAAAAAUUAUUUUUAUUUCACUACUGUAAAGUGAUCUUACAGGAGAUGAAAAUAGGUGAAGCUGAUCUUACAAGAAGAAGAAAAGUUCAAAAAGCAAAGAACUAAAUAUGAAAUGUGUAUGCAACACAGUAUACUGUCAAUUACAGUAAUACAUAAAUAAAUAAAUUUGCCAUCCUCUGCACCUUCAGCCAAAUGACAUUACAGUAUUGUGUUUAUAGUUGAGAAAUGACAUUACAGUAUACAGUACUAUAGCAGUUUCUUGGUCUUCUGACAAAAGACUUUCUCUACCUUCUUUAGGCAGUCGUCUCUCAGUUCUGCAAAAUACAGCACAUGAAAAAAAAAUGGCUACAAAUAAAUUUGACAACCAUGAAUUUGAGGGUGUACAUGUGCUACAGUUUACUGGACACAGAACAAUUAAAUUUCUCUCAUAUAAAGUACUGUUACUGUGUACUGUAAUUAUACUGUAUGUGUAAGUAGUAUAAAACCCUGUCGAUGAUUCUAGGAUGCAAUUUCUAAAGCACAAUCACCUGUGCUCCUGUUUAUAUUACCCCGAUAUCCCAAGAUUCUUACUGGUUUGUCAUCAUUUUUGCUACUGAAUGUUUACUGAUGGAUAAAUGUGUGCUAUUUGAGUUUACAUAGUGACACUUGAGUAUGUGUUUGUGUUUUCAGAAUAAGAACAUGAUUAAACCACUGUGAAAUAAGGCCAUUUUUGUGUAGAGUUUUGCAGAAAACAUUAAGAAAAUUGGAAUGUGUGUGAAAACAAGUGAAACGUGUUUAUAGUUUUGAGAAAUGUGUCUUUGUUUUUAGAAUUGAAUAAAUGGUUUGGGAAAUUGGGUCAAAUGAAUCAGUUAUAGUGUGUUAGCAAUCGAGAAAAACUGUAAUACAGCUGAAUUUCACUGAAAUAACAUAUCAGAAUAAAUGUGAAUUACAGUU